GUCCGAUCGAAACGACGUUUCCCGCCAAACGAUUUAAACGUCAAAAAUUCCCUGUCAUACGCAACUUUUUUUUCGUGAACCUGAGUUGCCAGUGUCAAAUAAUAUUAUUUUUUUAAAUUGGUGUCGCGAUGUUGUGAUAGUGAGUUUUGUGCCUAAAAUAACAAUUUCGGAUUUUUUAUGCAUGUUCAUUUAAAAAUGGGGAACUCCGAUGGGAGAAAGUAUACACAUCUAAAAAUGGAACACAUGACAUGGCUAUCGUUACUAGUGGCCCUUGUCACACUGAUCUCACCCGCGUUAUCGAGUUCGCCCCGCGUGGUUUGCUACUACACAAACUGGUCGGUAUACCGGCCGGGCACAGCCAAGUUCAACCCUCAGAAUAUCAACCCCUACCUCUGCACACAUCUCGUGUACGCCUUCGGUGGCUUCACGAAGGACAACACGCUCAAACCCUUCGACAAAUAUCAGGAUAUUGAGAAAGGUGGUUACGCCAAGUUCAAUGGGCUGAAGACAUAUAACAAGAACCUCAAGACGAUCCUGGCCAUCGGAGGCUGGAAUGAAGGCUCUUCGCGCUUCUCUCCCAUGGUCGCCGCCAAGGACAGGAGGAGAGAGUUCGUCAGGAAUGUUAUUAAGUUCCUCAGACAAAACCACUUCGACGGCCUGGACCUUGACUGGGAGUACCCAGCGUUCCGUGACGGAGGCAAGCCCAAAGACAGGGAGAACUACGCCAAGCUCGUCAAGGAGUUGCGGGAGGAAUUCGAGAAGGAAUCGCAGAAGACCGGGAAACCUCGUCUUCUGUUAACCAUGGCUGUACCCGCUGGUAUUGAGUACAUCGAGAAGGGAUUUGACGUGAAGACUUUAAACAGAUACCUGGACUGGAUGAACCUGCUAACUUACGACUACCACUCCGCCUUCGAGCCGGCCGUCAACCACCACGCGCCGCUCUACCCGCUCGAGGAGCCCAACGAGUACAGUGUGGACAACGAGCUCAAUAUUGACUACACCAUAAAAUUCUACCUCGAAAAUGGAGCCGACAGAGACAAGCUAGUCCUCGGAAUACCCACAUACGGACGUUCCUAUACGCUGUUCAACGCUGAUGCGGUGGAAAUCGGCUCGCCUGCUGACGGACCAGGGGAACAGGGGGAUGCCACAAGGGAGAAGGGAUACUUGGCGUAUUAUGAGAUUUGCGAAGCCCUCAAACCAAAGACCAAGAAACGUGCCAUCGCAUCAGAUGAGUACUCCGAGGAAGAAGAAGAAGAAGAUUCCGAGGAAGAAGAGGAAAAGGAAUGGAAUAUAAUGUACCCGAACCGCAACGCCAUGGGCCCUGUUGCGUACAGGGGCAACCAGUGGGUUGGGUACGAUGACAUCGAUAUUGUGAAGAAGAAGGCUGAAUAUGUGGCUGAAAAUGGCCUUGGAGGUAUAAUGUUCUGGUCGAUCGACAAUGAUGACUUCCGUGGAACCUGCCACGGCAAGCCCUACCCACUCAUCGAAGCUGCCAAAGAAGCUUAUAUUUCAAAGCUGGGAACAACCGACCUAACCAAAUUUAAGGAUACACCUAAGAUAACAUCAAAAUCUGGGAAUCGCAGAAGGAACCGUCCAAAGAGCAGCAGCACCACCAGUACCACUACUACCACUAAAAAACCGAAAACUAAAAGCAACAAGCGAAAGAGCGGAAGCACUUCUGCAGACAACACCACUCCGUCAUGGAACAUCAUCACUCCAGAACCACCAACCACUCCAGAUCCCGGCACAGAUUUCAAGUGCAAGGAGGAGGGUUUCUUCCCGCACCCGCGCGACUGUAAGAAAUACUUCUGGUGCCUCGACUCCGGACCUUCGGAUCUUGGCAUCGUGGCGCACCACUUCACUUGCCCUUCUGGUCUAUACUUCAACAAAGCGGCUGACUCCUGUGACUUCGCUCGCAACGUUCUCUGCAAGAAGUCUGCGGCGACUACAAAAGCACCCACCAAAGCAACAACAGCCAAGACAACAGUCUCUACAACUACAACAACUACAACUAGACGACCGAUCAGGCUGACUUCAAAGAGUUCCUUGUUAUUCCGUACUUCUACAACCACCACUACUCCUGAACCUGAGGUUGAUGAAGAAGAAUCAUUCGAAAUAGAUGCAGAUGAUGAUGCGUCUGAUGUAGAGGCAGAAGAUCCUAAGGUCAUCAAGGAACUGAUUGAUCUAAUUAAGAAAGUCGGUGGUGUCGAACAAUUGGAGAAGCACCUGAAACUUUCGGAGAGUUCAGCUGGAACGACUGAUGGUGUGGCCACUACUACGCCUUCCUCCUUCAACAAGAAACUCUACCAGAGGGUGCUUGAGAGAGCAAGAGGGAAGAAUAAGUUUGGCGGUAACAGUAUCACGGAGAACAGUUUCCUAAACAGUCGAGGAGGUCCGCAAAACGCUGGACUUGAACCUUCAUCUGAUAAGGAUAGACUGCUUAAGAAAGACAGGCCACAGUACACGACGAUCAACCGAUCUAGACCUUCAACGAGUUCAACUACAGAGGACCCGACAGAUAGCGAGGAAGCUGAAGAAGAAUCUGAAGAAGUACAACAGCGCACGAGAUUGAGGCAAGAGCCUGUAGCGUCCGUCGGCACCACGCCCAAACCUCUUCAGUACGUCAACAUAAGACGAACAAGGCCUAGUACAGCUGCUACCACGGAAACUCCUGAUGAUUCUAGAAAUGCACUUUUCGAACGCGUGCAACCAUAUGUCGCUGUCGAAGAAUCACCUAAUUCUCUAGACAUAGCCAGCUCUAGGCGAGAGAAUGUUCCUGAAUAUGUGACCAUCAGAAGAUCCAGGCCUACCACACCUGAAACCACCACUGCACAGUAUCGAGCUUCUGAACAAGGAGAGGAAUCACAAGAGACAGUGCUGGAAAGAGAAAUCACUUCUCAAUCUUCGCAACCACUCUACACUUCAGUACUCAGAACCCGGUCUACUACCCUCGCACCUCCCGAAGAACCAAACACCCCUGAACCGACCACUGUCCUUUCUGUUCAAAUAUCUUCCUUGUUGAAUGCCCCGAAUACUGAUGAAACUGAACGUCUUCAAUCAGAACAAACGCAAACUACAGUUACACAAGCAACCGAAUUACCCGAGCCCGAAACAACUACGACUUCAACCACAACAAUAACUACACCUUCCUCAACGACUACCAGCACAACGUCAGCUCCCUCUAGUGCGUCUACUAGACGUAAUCUCUUGCGCCGCCGAGGAUCAACCACUGUAACCUCAACAGCUGCUCCAGUUUCCACAACACAGGUGAGUUCUAGGAAUUAUUCAUUUAUUCGCCGACGACGGCCUUUAUCCCAACCCAAUGAAAUAUCAGAAUCAAAUGAAUCGGGUGAAAAUUUACGAAAAGUACGGUCCACUACCCCUGAUAGUCGUGAACUAGACGGUGUAAAGCCUAUUGGUAAUAGUGGGCAAUUAAGACGAUUUAGGGGUAGAUUCCAAACUUCUCGACCUGAAGAUUCUAUUUCAGCUGCCGCGUCACAAGUUUCUAGAGGUCAAUUUAGACCGCAACUUAACCGGGACGAAUUGCUGUCGCUCUCACCAAUUGACAUCGAUACUUCAGAAAUUAUUGAAAAUGAAGAAAUUCCAGAAAACAGUGUUAAAUUCCCUAGCAGAGUCACAACAAUACUAGACGACGAAGGAGAUGACAGUGAAGUAUCUGCCGCAACAAUAGAUGAAAGACGCUCAAACACCAGAGGCAGGAGUAGAUACCUGACAACUACUGAAGCUCUAACUAAAUCCGUUGCUACUGAGUCUCCGUUGAAUCUAAGGCGACCGACUUUUACUAGAUUUACACCUCGGCCUUUCGGUAGAACAGUUUCUUUUACAGCGGAACCUGAAAAUAAUGUAAUUGUGUCACCAAAUCCAAGAAUACGUUCACGAUUACCUUUUGGCCGACAAAGGGCUACUACAUCCACUGCAGCACCGUUAUCACUAGGUAGAAAGCUACCAUAUGCAUCUCGACAGUCCACAAUUCAACAAGUAUCCACGUCCCAAAUUGAUGACGAUGAAAUAGAUGACAAAAAUGAUGAUAUUUCGCUCUCUGAAAGUGCUAUAGAAGAACAGGAGCACGAUGAAAUAUCGAGUGAUAGUGAUAAAAACAAUUUAAGUAUACCUGAAAUUAUAACAGAAAGUAUUCCCAUUUUGGAUUCCAAUCAGGAUAAAAAUGCAAAAAGAAAAUUUAGGGUUAUUCGUAGGAGACCUGCAACAACUCAAAAAGUAUCGGAAAUAUCAGCUGCUGCUGAGGUUGUUGAGACGACUACAGCUGCUAUUCCAAGAGUUCGUAAAAUAAUAAGGAAAAAAAUUAGACCAACUGAAGAAGAACCUGAAUUAACACCUAAAUUAGUAAGUUUUGUAAACGCCGGUUUUAAAGAUGCUCCAAAAGACAUUAUUAAUUACGGAGAACGAACUCGAGUGACAGUUAUUCCUGUACUACCUACAGAUGCACCUAAAACGACAACAGAGAACGAUGAUUUAAGGUUUGAUAUUGAAUCUGAAAUAUUGAAAGAACCAAUAGAAAAACUGGCUGGAAAAGGGGAACAAGAAGAUAAAGACAGUGAUAAGAACGAACAACAAACAGAAACCCCUAAGUUUAAAUUAGAAUCACCAAAUAAAACAAAAGAAAAACCAGAUGUUACUAUCGAAACUGAUGACAAGACAUUAGACAUAUUAGAAAAUAGGGAUACUGAUGUAAAAUCUAUAGAGAAUGAUCAAAAGGAAGGUGAAAUAAACUCGACUCCUAAUAAUCAAAACCCUGAGCAACCAAGCGAAGAAAGUAAAAGUGUUACUACAGAGAGCAAAGAAAUAUUCACGAAUGAUGAUAAAGAUUCGAAUAGUAAUAAUAGUGAAUUAUUUGAAGAAUCAUCUACAACUGAAAUAUCUCUCACAGAAACUGAAACAACAACUAAAAGUAGUACAACUCAGUUGACAUCACCCUCACCAAGGUCUAGGUCACCAUACAGACCCCCAAAAAGAUUAUUGACAUCUACAACUGAAUCAACACCUUCGAGAAGUAGAACUUUUAGUCGCAAAUAUAACCCAGGUGCAUAUACUAGUCCUGCAACUGUUACUGAUAGACCAGGAUUCAUUAGUCGGAUUACAACAAGAAAACCAUCACUUCUGAAAACAUUCACAAGAAGAACAUAUCCUACGGCAAGAACGACACCAAAAUAUCAGUAUUCAGAUGAAGAAGAGUAUUCAGAUGAGGAGCUUCUCGAAGAAGAACCUGAAAGUCCAUUCGCUUUUGUACCACAAAGCCAGCUUUUCACAAGAAAACCAGAUUCUGCGGAAUACGAAGACAAUGCAGAAGAAGAACCUAUUGAUGAAGAUUUGGAAGAACCCCCAGAAGAUGAAACUUACGAAGAUGAGCAACCAGCACGAUUUAGACCUACUUCUAAAAAACCCCUAUUCAAACCUAAAAUUAUAAAUUCCAAUACCUUCAGAACUACUACAUCUACCACCGAAAUCCCUAGACCUUCACUUGGAAAUACGUUAAACAGAACUGCUAUUUACAAUCGAUUUGGUGGCAAUAAACCGGUCAAUGACACUAAAAAACGCGUACAAAACGUUCCUCUUGGAUACACGCCAAAAGUAACACAAGCUAUUAAUUUGAAAAAUUCUACAUCACAGACUAAGACAACUAAAACCGAAGAAAUUUCCACUACUUCUGUAGUUAAUGAAAAUGAUCUUACGACAACAGAAAGUGAUGAUUAUCUUUCAUCAGAAAUAAGCACAUCAGCACCCUCAGAGAAUACCGAUAUCUCUUCAACAGGUCAAAUUGAAUCUGUUACAGCUGAAAUGGAAGUAGAUAAUAGUACUGAUGAUUAUUUAGAGUAUACUACUCAUCCCAGUACACAAGAUUUGUUCACAAAUGUACAAACAGACACAGAUUCUGAAACUGAAGCUUCAACUGAUACACCCACGACAAGGAAAAUACAGGUCGCAUUAGAAACUACAACUGAAUCUAUGCCUGAACCUACAACAAACAAUCCUGAAGUAUCACCUAUUAUCAAAACUCAGUUUAACAAACUUUUCUCUGUUAGUAGAGUUGUUGAAGUAUCAUCAAAAUCGGAAAAACAUAGAUUAAAUAAGAACAAUGAAACCACAUUAAUUGAAGAAGGCAAAGUCAUGAUAGAAAAGAAACCUACGUUAGAUAAAAUAGGAGAAGUCAGUAGGUAUAGUCUCAUUAAGAUUGUGGAAGAUGAGAUCCCUAUUUAUUUAACUAAACUUGGCCAUGUGUACCCCGUAGACAAUCCACCAGACAAUCCUAUACGUAUAGAUGAAGCACGCAAUGCAAGAGCAUUAGUCGACUUUUCCGAUAUUCCUAAAGAAAACCUUGUAGCUUCUGAAAGUAUGAAUGAAGCUUAUCGACAUAUUAAUCAAGUUCUAGACAGAUCAAAACUUAAUGAAAGAGAUAAAGUGGAACACAUAUUUAACGAUGAUUUCUUAAGUUAUGUAAACGAGGAGAAAAAAGAAGAUAAAUCCGAAGAAGAGCAGCAUGAGAACUGGCAAUUCGUUCCCGCGGCUUACGAUACCGAAAAAAAUAAACAAAACAACGAAGCAAAAAGUUUUGAAAUUGUUACUCCACGUUUAAUGCUAACAGACCCUUCAAUUUUGCCAUUGGAGGCUUUGUUUAAAACGGAAACGCCUAUGAAACCUAGAAAAGUGAGUAAUGCAGAUGUUAAUAAGCCAUUUGUAGUAUAUUCAGCACCAGUGCCUACACAGGAGGAAGACGCCAGUCUCGUUAAGUUAAAGAUAGUUAAACCUCAGGCUGGACGAAGUAUAGUCACUUUUGCGAAGGGUCAAGAGUUUAAGGGUGCACCGACAGUGGAUGACUCUACUAUAAUAUAUCCGUUUAGUGUUUCUAUUUUACAACAAUCAUCUGAAACAACACAAUCUAGUAUAUCUACAUCUAUUGCGACUGAACCUUCGUCAACAACAGCAGCUUUACCAUCCAAUUCGACAGAAAACGUUAAAACCAGUCCAAUCGUAGAACUUCUAACUACAACUCAAUCAACUACGAUGCAAACGGAAAGUAUGCAAACAACGGAAUCUUCUACACAAACAACACCAAUAACAACUGAAACAGUUCCAGAAGAGUCUACUACAGUUCAAAUUUCACCACUAGAAGCCAAGAGAGCCAAAUUUGGAUUCCCAAGAAGACCUGUCAUUCGACCGUUAAAUAUAACACGACUAAAUUCAAUUUCGCGAUCGCCCAAAACAAUAAAUGCAACUGUUACACCUAAUUUAGUUCAGAAAAUCAAUAAAACGACAAGUUUUAGUCCGAGUAGAUCGCGUGUUUCGGGUAGUAAAAGAGUUCAAAAUGUACCAGUAGAUAUAAGAAGAAAGUUCAACAAAACGAGAACUUUUACUACGGAAUCACCUCGAACGACGACUGAAAGAAAAGUUGUGAUAAAACCGAUAAGGCCCAACUUACGACCUGCAUUCGUGCCAAGACGAUUCACAACAGUUGCUACUACGGCAGUUGGAUAUACGUAAAAGCUAUUGACGAAACUCUUUUGAGUAGUUUUGUUGGCCAAAUUUAAACUUAAAUCGGUUAAGUCUGUAUAUUUAGUUGGGUUGGUUUAGACGGUUAAGCAAUGGAAUGACUAGUUAACUACGGUUUUUACCAAAAAGGACUUUUUAUAGAAAAAUUGAUUUAAUUUUUCUGCAUUAAAGUUGCUUUAUAAAUACUUUUUAGGUACCAAACAGUACAAAAGUAACUUUAUGUACGUUAGAAAAUCGUAGUUUCUCAUUGCAUUUCAUUUGUAACGGGAUUUGCUUGUAAAUAUAGAAAUAAUCCACAGUUUCAGUGUAGUCAUGUCAUAAAGAUUUAUAGCUUUAACUUAGAUAUUUAUACGAACAGAAAGUUUUUCUUACCAAAAAUGUAUAUUUUUAAUGUUAGUCCGUUUUGGUAUAAAGGCUUUCGCACACAAAUUGUCAUAGGUUAUGAUUAGUGUAAAACUAUUUAAUUAUUUUAUUAUUAAUUUACUAAUACUUUUUAACGUUAC